AUGGAGAAAGAGAUGAGAGGGAUUCAGUUACAUUUGAGUCAAACUCACAAACUCCGUCUACAAAAAGCCAUGGAAUCUUUAUCAUCUAAGGUGAAUUUCGAUGACACUGUCACCAUAGCCGAUUCCAUACCUGUCAACUUUGAAGAAGGGGUUCUCAAAGGUCACGGAACUGCUGACCUAGAUGGUGAAGUCGUUUCGACUCUCUGUGGCACUGUGGAGCGUGUUAACAAACUCGUUUAUGUGCGCUCUUUGAGCUCAAGGUACAAACCUGAGGUUGGUGACAUUGUUAUAGGGCGAGUUGUUGAGGUUGCUCAAAAGCAUUGGAAAUUGGAUAUUAAUUGCAGUCAAAAUGCUUAUUUGAUGAUUUCUGCUAUGAAUGUGCUUGAUGGUGUACAGAGGCGAAGGACAUCAAGAGAUGAGUUGAAUAUGAGAUGUAUUUUUGCAGAGGAUGAUUACAUUUGUGCUGAAGUUCGUGAUUUUACGCAUGGUGACAUACACCUUCAAACAAGAAGUCAAAAAUAUGGAAAGCUUCGAAGUGGUCAGUUGCUUACAGUCACACCGUAUUUAGUGAAGAGACAAAAACAACAUUUUCAUCAUCUCGAGCAAUAUGGUAUUGACUUAAUAAUCGGCCAUAAUGGUUUCAUAUGGGUUGGGGUUGGGGAACAUGUUGAAAUCAGAGAUGACAUGGUUGAAGACCAAGUUAAUCAAUCUGAUGCACACGUUUUAGUUCCGAAUAAAAAUUCAGCAAGUCUUGAAGAACAAGAGAAAAACUAUACGCCACUGGAGACUAGAAAAUACAUAUGCCGGGCUGCAAAUGCUGUAAGAGUAUUGUCCACCCUAGGGUUCAUCAUAGCGUUGGAAAAUAUCAAGGGAGUAAUUGAUCUAAGUGUUUCGUCUAAUCUUGAUAUAAUCGACAUGCUUGGUUCUGAGUUCUGUGUCAUGGUUGCUGAAAAAGAGGCCGAGAGAAGAAACUCAGAUAAAGGGAAGCUUUAG